AAUUCGAAACAGAUCUAGCAUAGUGUAAUUCCCUGGACACUCCAACUUGAGACUGAAAGCUGAACAAAAGGCGUUUCUGAAGCUAACCUUAAAGACAAAAUGGUCUAGAGUCACCUUUUCCCCGCAAAUAAAGCAGGAUUAACAAUCUGAAAUCUUCAAGCUGCCAGGACCUCGGUGCUAGCCCUCAGCAAAAAUUUCUGCUGGAGGCCGGAGCGCCUUUUGAUUUCGGGAGACUGGCCCAGGAACUCUAGUCACUUGGAAGGCGGAAAGGAAGGUGAUACUCGAGCCAGGUAUGAGCCACUCAGAGGCACCCGGGACCGCCACUCACCUCGGAGAGGAGGAGCUGGAGUCCGUUGACCCGGACGGAGAGGAAAGGCGAGCCUGAGUCUACCGGGUAAGGUAAAAAAUAACACACCCACAAGCUCACCUCGGAAAGGGCGGGCGAGGUUUGGCUCCCGGUGAUCCGCGGGGGCGGAGCACACCUGGGCCAAGGCGGAACUGGGGGGAGGGGAGGGUGGGCACUGCCCGUGGGACCUGGAACUAAACUCACCUGUGCGGGAGGCAGAGGCGAGGCUCGGGCAAAACCCCACCUGGGCCGGCGGGAAACCCAGUCCGUGAGCAAUCCCCCGGCUAACUCGCCGCGGAGGGGGAGGCGCCCCGCGGCGGGCCCCCCCCUGGUAAGCACGCUCGUCGGACUCCCAGCGUGGCCGCCAUGACCUGGAGCGCCACGGCCCGGGGCGCCCACCAGCCGGACAACACCGCCUUCACGCAGCAGCGCCUCCCCGCCUGGCAGCCGCUGCUGUCGGCCAGCAUCGCGCUGCCGCUCUUCUUCUGCGCGGGCCUGGCCUUCAUCGGCCUGGGCCUGGGCCUCUACUACUCCUCCAACGGCAUCAAGGAGCUGGAGUACGACUACACCGGCGACCAGGGCACCGGCAACUGCUCGGUGUGCUCCGCGGCCGGCGAGGGCCGCGCGCCGCCGCCCCCCUGCUCGUGCGCCUGGUACUUCUCGCUGCCCGAGCUUUUCCAGGGCCCCGUCUACCUCUACUACGAGCUGACCAACUUCUACCAGAACAACCGGCGCUACGGCGUGUCCCGCGACGACGAGCAGCUGAGCGGAAUGCCCAGCGCGCUGCGCCACCCGGCCAACGAGUGCGCCCCCUACCAGCGCAGCGCAGCCGGCCUGCCCAUCGCGCCCUGCGGCGCCAUCGCCAACAGCCUCUUCAACGACUCCUUCUCGCUGUGGCACCAGCGCCAGUCUGGCGGGCCCUACGUCGAGGUGCCGCUCGACCGCUCCGGCAUCGCCUGGUGGACUGACUACCACGUCAAGUUCCGCAACCCGCCGCUGGUAAACGGCAGCCUGGCGCUGGCCUUCCAAGGCACGGUGCCUCCGCCCAACUGGCGCCGGCCGGUCUACGAGCUCAGCCCCGACCCCAACAACACCGGCUUCAUCAACCAGGACUUCGUGGUGUGGAUGCGCACGGCGGCGCUGCCCACGUUUCGCAAGCUGUACGCGCGCAUCCGCCAGGGCAACUACUCUGCCGGGCUGCCGCGGGGCGCCUACCGCGUCAAUAUUACCUACAACUACCCGGUGCGCGCGUUCGGCGGCCACAAGCUCCUCAUCUUCAGCAGCAUCUCGUGGAUGGGCGGCAAGAACCCCUUCCUGGGCAUCGCGUACCUGGUCGUCGGCUCCCUCUGCAUCCUCACUGGCUUUGUCAUGCUGGUCGUCUACAUUCGCUACCAGGACCAGGACGAUGAUGACGACGACGACGAGUGAUUCCAGCUUUCUAGGGACCCUUCCUGCUUCUUGCCAAAACUCUUGCGAGCUUCUUUUGGCAUCUCCCCCUCGCCCCUCAUCCGAUUCCAACCUCACCUCGCUUUUCCUCCCUUUGUGAAUGAGGGGACCAGAGAAAGGAAUUACCCCCUUGCCCUUGUGGGGCUUGCUAGCCUGUCUUGCUGUGGGGAGGGAUGUUGACUACAGAGUAAAACAUCCAUGCAAAUUCUCCCCACCUCCUUCAUGACACCGAGUUGCCGUGUUAGGUUCUUCAAUCUGAGAGUGGAAGGGAUCCCUAUGAAGACUCCUGUUCAACCCCUAUUAGAGAAAGAGAUUGAGAGACCUAGCAAUGUGAAGUAACUAAGAUCAGGCAACUGGCAAAUGACUGCUGACUCUUGAGUCCAGAGCUUUUGUCACUACAGCACAGUGGUGGUGUUCUUUUCUUUUUGGAGAGAGGGUUGGAAUGGAGAGUGAGGCCCACACAUGACCUGAAGAGACAUGGAGGCGAGAGAGAGAAUACACUUGUCAAAUAUGCAGCUAGAUUAGGAGACACCCAACUAGAGAUUCAGACACAGUAAGGCUGGGGUGACACCCUCGAAGCUGUGUUUUAACAAACUCCUCUGGAGAUACCCAUUUUCUCUCAAAUUUGGGAAUCACGACCCUAAACCAGGUUGGGCAGUCACCUGAGUUCACUUUUUCCGAUAGCAGUUUGUUCCCAGGGGCAGUGACAACCAUGAUAUUCCAGGUUUGGUCUGGCACUCUGCCUUGAAUGUAGGAAGCUCUUGAUGACUUGAAUGAAUUUUUAAAAAAUCACUAUCUGGGGAAAACUAGUUGGCAUACAGAUUUGUAAGUCAGGGUUUAUGUUAUUCAUUUGAUAUUUCAGUAUAAAAUUCAGGUACUGUGCAGAAACUUGGAAAUGUGAGACCAGUUUGUACAGUUCAGAGGAAAUGCUUUACAUAGUAAUCAGAUAGCUGGAAGAGAUCUUUGAGGGAGAGUAAUUUCCCUAAAGUCACAUCUAUGUCUCCUAGCUCAUUCUUCUUUGUCAUUUAAUUGUGUGUGUGUGCGUGUGUGUGUGUGUGUGUGAUUAGAAAGGGCUUCAUUCAAAUCUUUUUCCUUGGAUCUGGAAAAAAAAUUUAUGUUUUCAAAUGAAAUCUGUUGAUGUCUAGUAAUCAUAUUUCAAUCAAGGCAAAGGCAUAUAUAGUCUUAUAUGUAAACUAGAAUCAAGAUUAUUUGAAUCUUUGAGAUGACAUUAAAACUCAACUAAAAGCAUUCAGCUGAUUUUGUUGAUUGACUAACAUCAGUCAAUAUGGUUAAAGUUAUUCCAAGGAGCAAUAGCUUUAUUUAAAAAAAAAAAAAAACCUUGUAUGGCAAAAGGGAAAAAAGCCCUUUGUGAUAUCAUCUUACCAGUUUAUUUGCUAAAAGCAAACAAUUAUUUGGUAUUUGUCAGAAUCCUUCAGUGCCUGCUAUUACAGCUAUUUUCCAGUUACUACUCAUUUGAUUAUACUCAUUCACUUAAGGCAGUGCAAGAUCUUGAAGUACUUUUUUUAAGCACUUAAGUAAUAUUGAAUUGUAUUGAAUAGUUUACAUAGUUUAUUCUAGUUCUUUGAAAAUUCUGAACAAUGGACAGUGUGCAUGUCACUGACAUCUGCCCUAAAAUUUCUGGGACAGUCCUGAUUUAAAAGAGUCUAUCCCAUUAUUUACAGAUACCAAAAAGUACUUUGUUAAUUCCAUGUAUUGGCUUCCAAACUCCUAAACACGACAUAAUUUUAUUAUUAGAUUUUGUAUGGUGAUUUUAUGCUAUGAAAAUAUGACCAUUAUAUGUACAUAGAGAAGUUUUUAUUUGUUACAAAUGUUUGAGUGGCUUACUAGCCCAGCCCUCCUCUAUUUUGGGUAACAGAAAUUACUACAUUUUUUUUACUAUGUAGUUGAGAGAAACAUGUAUUUUGUUAUUUUUAGAAUUAUCAAUCUACUGCUAUAAAAUUUUACGUGAAACCAUGAAAGUUAAGGUAUUCUGAUUCUGUUUAAAUUAAUGAAUAUGGCUCCAGGCCCUAUUCUCUGGGUUUUGAGAGAGAAUAAAGGUUAUGUUUGUUUUA